AUGUCACCCCACGCGGCGCAUGGCCGCGAUCGCUUUCUGAAGCAGUCGAUCGGAUCCUUGGUCACAAAGGUUCACGAGAGCCGUGUCUUACUAGUUGGAGCCGGCGGCAUAGGCUGUGAGCUGCUGAAGAACCUCCUUCUCUCCGGCUUCGGGACGGUUCACAUUAUAGAUCUUGAUACCAUCGACUUGUCGAACCUGAACCGCCAAUUCCUCUUCCGCCAUGAACAUAUAAAAAAACCCAAGGCCCUGGUCGCAAAGGAAGUCGCCCAAAAGUUUCGACCACAGUCCACCAUUGAAGCCUAUCACGCCAAUAUUAAAGAGAGCCGGUUUAAUGUCGACUGGUUUUCUUCCUUUGACGUCGUUUUUAACGCCCUGGAUAACCUUGACGCGAGGAGACACGUCAAUCGAAUGUGCCUGGCUGCCAACGUCCCCUUGAUCGAGAGUGGCACAACUGGGUAUAACGGUCAGGUCCAGGUUAUUAAGAAGGCUCGAACCGAGUGCUACGACUGUACCAGCAAACCGGUCCCCAAGUCGUUUCCAGUCUGCACGAUAAGGAGCACGCCCAGUCAGCCAAUUCAUUGUAUUGUGUGGGCUAAAAGUUAUCUAUUGCCAGAGCUCUUCGGAACAAGCGAAGAUGACGCUGAUCUGGACCACUCAGAGGACUCCGACAACGCCGGCGAGAUUGAAAACUUGAGACAGGAAGCAAAAGCCCUGAAGGACAUCCGUAACUCAAUGCCCUCGGACGAGUUUACAGAGAAAGUGUUUGAGAAGGUUUUCCAGAAGGACAUCGCGCGUCUCAAGGAUAUCAAAGAGAUGUGGAAGUCUAGAAAGGCUCCCGAACCGCUCUCCUAUAGCUCCCUAGAGGAAGAGUCAAAAGGAAUUGAUGCAAGCAUUUGUUCAAACGAUCAAAAAGUGUGGUCCGUUGCAGAAAAUUUUGUCGUAUUCAGAGAUAGUAUUUCCCGUUUGAAGAAACGGCUUCUGGAUUUACAAGCCGACAACACCGACGGAACCGCACCGGUUUUAUCCUUUGACAAAGACGACAUCGACACUCUAGACUUUGUAACAGCAAGCUCAAACCUGCGUGCGGCGAUAUUUGGGCUGGAAUCCAAAUCCAAAUUCGAUGUCAAACAGAUGGCUGGCAAUAUAAUACCGGCAAUUGCAACAACCAAUGCGAUGACCGCCGCUUUGUGCGUGCUGCAAGCUUUCAAAGUUUUGAAAGAUGAAUAUGAGAACGCUAAGAUGGUAUUCCUUGAGAGGUCUGGUGCUCGAGCCAUCAACACCGACAGCUUAAAACCACCAAAUCCUGAUUGCCCUGUUUGCGCCGUGGCUCAGAGGAAAAUAUUCGUAAACCCGGAUGCAACAUUGAACGACCUGGUAGAAACCAUCCUGCGUCUGAAAUUGGGUUACGGCGAGGAGCUCUCAAUCAGCAACCAAAUAGGAACUAUCUACGACCCGGACUUGGAGGACAACCUACCUAAAAAGCUGAGCGAACUUGGUGUUCAAAAGGACAGUUUUAUUACUGUCGUUGACGAAGAGGAUGACAACCCACGUGUCAACCUCGAGCUUCUCGUAUCCGAAGAGACUGACGAAAAAUCUCGCAUCUCCGUUGAGACACCCGAAGUUGAAAUCCCACGGAAACCGAAGGUAGCCGAAGCACCCGAACCCCAAGAGAACGGAGAAUCAAGCAAACGAAAGAGAACAGCCGAUGAAGCUGGACUCGUAAUCAUGGAGGGACAGCCCUCGAAGAAGAUCUCCAACGGCGUGGAGACGAAAGAAAACAACACUUCAAACCCCAUAAUUCUCGAGGACGAAACCGGCGCAAUUUUGAUAGACACCGAUUAG